CAACGUUACUACCUCACAGAAGGCUGGAAACAAUCAACAUCAUCCGUGGCCUUGGAAUCGAAUGAAGCUAACCUGUGCCCCAGUCUGCCCUUCCUCUUGUGUGUCAGGGCGGCCAUGAUCGUGCAUACAAGGUUGGCGAUUAGUGUCAGUUUCCAACAAGGCUCUAUAUUUAGCAGGGAACUUGCUGUCGAGUGUGACCGCAGCACAUACAGACACAGCCACCUUCUCUUUUACCCGUGUGUGUUGAGGACGAGUCCCUCUUGGUGGCCAGUGAAGCGGCAGUUGGAAGCGACUAUGUGUCAGUCGGAGGAGCUGGGGACCAAACUGGGCCUCAACAGUCCCGACCUGCUGGUGAGGGAGGCUUUUCUGAUGGCCCACGACUACAUAGACUAUGUAACCUCAGGGGGGGCAGAUGGCUCCAUGGCUCCUGCCCCAACAGCCUGCACCGCAGCCCUGCGCCAUGCCGGAGACGAGCUUCUCACCCGCUUCCCCAUCUUCUUCAGGCGGUGGCCGCGCGUCUUCCGGGACGUGACGGAGAACACGGCCUGCCCCAUGCUCGUGAGCAUCCUGGACGAGCACUUCUUUGCCCCCGUCCCUGGGGGACGGCGCCGAGGCCUGGCCUGGAGCGCGGUGUUAUCGGUGUAUGUGCUGGCUGGCCAGAUGGCUCUGCAUUGCCAUGAGCGAGGCAUGGCGGUGGUCCUGCCACAGCUCAAACAGCGUGUGGGGGCCUAUGUAGAGAGGGUCAUCUGCCCUGAGAUACGAGACAAGGGAGGAUGGAGUGGUUUUGUGUCCCGCUUUGGAGAGACGCAGGGCCUGGAACACCAGGUGAAGAAGGCGUGCUGCUGGACCCUGAUGGCUUUCACCACGAGCAUCGUCACCUACCUCUUGUGGAAAAGAAUGGUUUAGCCAGCACUGCCACCUAGAGAUCAGCCACAACACCAAUGAGCUUAUUAAAAUGGAAGAUUUUAUGGACA